AACAUUUAUCCACUUGUGUUAAAAAAAAAAAAAAUAGAAGAAGAAACAAAAUCCUUCAGAGAAAACCUAAAGACACUUAACCUAAAAGCAACCCAAUCGACGGCGACGGGAAAAAGGAGAGAAUUGCUGAAGAAGAAUAAGAGCAAGAAGAAGAAGAAGAACCUCAUCAGAUCUUUGUUACCUCUCUCUCCCACUUCUGUUUAAUGGCACCAAAGCAGGCGGAAAAGAUCGAGAAACCUCCGGUUGCCUCUUCAAGUGAAGAGGAAGAAGAAGAGUCUGGUUCAUCUGGAGAAGAAUCCGAAUCUUCAGAUGACGAAGGAGAUGUCCAGUCCAAAAUCUCUCAAACAACUCCUGCUACUAUCACUGCCAAGGAUUUUGAAUCCGACUCUGAAGAAGGCGAAUCUGAAUCUGAUUCCGAUUCCGAGCCCACGACGACGAAGACUAAGCCUCUCAACACCGUCGUGACCAAACCAAAACCAGAGACCUCUGGAUCUGCUGCCGUGACUCUCCCUGAGAGCUCCACGGCUAAGCGUUCUCUGAAACAAGCAGAUGAUGAGCCUAUUAAGAAGUUGAAGACUUCGACGACUGAGCAUGCGAAGAAGAAACCGGCGACUGAUGAUGAGGUUAAGAAGAUUUCUGGAGAAGAAGCUAAGAAGAUGUUUCAGAGGUUGUUCAGCGAGACUGAUGAAAUCGCCAUGCUUCAGGGCUUUCUUGACUUCACAUCUACAAGAGGAGAUCCUUACGAGAACAUGGAUGCCUUUUGCGAUUAUGUGAAAACAUUGAUUGAUUUCAAUGCUAGCAAAGCUCAGAUUGUUACCAAACUCCAGAGGUGUAAGAGAAGGUUUGUCAAUAUAGUGAGCUCGCUUAAAAAGGGAAAGACGGAGAUAGGUGUGAUGCUCCAGGAUCUUGAUCAAAAAGCCUUUGAAUUGUCGAGGAAGAUUUGGGGAACUAAUGGUGUUUUUCCUGCCAAGCCGAGGAAGAAGUCGAAAGAGACUAAGUUGCUUCCCUCAGCAUCGCCCACGCACACGAGAAAAGAAGAGAAACCAAUGGCAAAUGCUUUGAACACCCAUCUCUCCUCUAGUGGAGAGAUUGCAUCGUUCUUCAAGGCAGAGAAUGUGAGUGUUUUUGGUUUGGAUGAAUCGACCGUAAGUGGUAAUUGGGAUUUGGUUCCAGAUGGACCAAAGAAGAGAGAAAUGGAGGAAAAGCUGAAGAAGCUCAAGGAUACGCAGGUGGAGCUGUGUUUGCAGAGAACUGAACUCGUGGACACAACUGCGAAAAUGAUAUACAAAGACUAUGCAUCCUCUUCAUGUUGAGCUUUAUUCGUGGUUUGUCAUUUUCACUCUUUUAGUAUGCAUUUUUAAACUUUUUAUUGUGCAUUUUAGCCUGUGGAACUAAUCUUAUCGUAAGUCUUAGUCAGUAUUUUCUUUUGGCCACUAUGUUGGAUGCUUGGUUUGGAUAUAAGACCCUUUUGUGGAAUCAAUAUUUAUUCAUCUUGUUGUA